AGAGGGGCCUUCAGCUGGCCGGGGAGAGAAGUCAUCUUCAACUAUUCAUCUACGUACCAUUAAAUAUAGGAACUCUUCUUUCCCAAAGCCAACCCCAAACAAGGCUCUACUAAGAGCGUAAUAUAUCACAAGAAUUUCGCGUCGUUCGGCAAGCUUGAAGCUCUACUCACGAGAAUACGAGAAGGGUUCAUGAUGUAGCCGCCAUUUGGCGAUCGAUCUGUGGCCUGUUACAUCGCAUAAUAUCGCUGGAAAUGGCUCACUACUCACACGGGAUCCAUUGUCCCUUGGAUAAUCCAUCUAAGGAAAUUCGUGUCUUGGAGAUAAUUGACAACUCUCAUGAAACAAUCGAGUGCCGCCUGGUGAAAGAUCAGGUAGAUGGUGAACCAUACAGUGCGCUCUCGUGGUGCUGGGGCAGGCGGGAUCAUGAUGAUAAGACGGUGGUACAUAUAAUACAGUCUAAUGAGCCUUAUGAGUUCCUAAUACCUAGGAGUCUCGUAUCUGCUAUGCGCGUCCUUCGUACUCAUAGAAUAUUCAGAGUUUGGAUCGACUUUGUCUGUAUGGACCAAGACAACAUCAACGAAAAGAACUUCCAAGUGCCGUUGAUGUCGAGUAUCUACGGGGAGGCAGAAUGUGUCUAUGUAUGGCUUGGCGACGAGGGUGAAAAUAGCAAGUUGGCGAUGGAGUUCGUGAAAAACCGAGUUCUCAACCUGAAAGAGUGGGAUCGUUUAAUAAGAGACGACAAGAUCGUCAAAGAGUGGCAGGCCUUAUCGGCAUUGAUGAGGAGGCCGUGGUUUUCUCGUCGAUGGAUCGUGCAAGAGAUUGCCAUCGCCCAAAAAGCAACUCUCUUCUGCGGGAUGGACAGCGUUGAUUGGAAGGACUUUGCGGAUGCCGUCUCCCUUUUCAACGAGGUGGAGACGGGCACUCGCAGGAUAUCCGAAGUUAUCAACGACAAGGUCCUUGGACACAUGCCAGACUUAGGGGACAUCUCCGAAUUGAGCGCUACGAAAUUGGUCGAGGAGACAAACAACCUCUUUCGGCGGCUCUCAGGAAACGAACGUCAAGCUCAGUUCAGUCUCGAGUAUCUCGUCUCGAAACUAACGACAUUCGAUUCCUCGGAGCCUCGUGAUACUAUAUACGCACUCCUCGCCGUCGCAAGAGACACAGAGCCCGUGAGGUUGCUUACAGAAGACGUGAUCGAAAAGUGGACUUGGCGGAAGUACAUAAAGCAGAAACUCGUCAAGCAGUUGGCGAUAGCAAACGUCUCUAACCCGUACCCCGUGGAUUACAGACUCCCACUAUCGGACGUAUACGUGCAGUUUGUCGACUGGGCCAUCAAGAAGUCCGACAAGACCCGUGCCCUCGACAUCAUCUGCCGGCCAUGGGCUCCGGAACCAACGCCGUCAGAUAAUCUCAGCAUCUGCAGCGAAGAGGAAGACGCACACUGGCGCAUACGAACCAACUCCGCGCGGCCGGAAGGCGAAGGCGAAGACACGCUCCCGUCGUGGAUCCCGACCGUCGCGCGCGCGGCCUUCGGCAUGGACGGCGAGGGCCAGAAGAUGCGGCGCAAGAACGCGGACAGCCUGGUCGGGCUGCCGCCGAAGCGCGUCUACAGCGCGGCCGGCACCCGCGUGCUGACGGAGAACUUCCGCAUCGAGGACGGCGUCACGCAGUUCAGCCGCGACCCCGCCCUGAACGGCCUGCACUACCACAGCCUGUUCGUCGAGGGCUUCGUCCUCGACAAGGUGAGGGAGCUCAAGUACCCCUCGCAGCAGGGCAACAUCCCGCGCGACUGGAUCCGGCUCGCGCGCCGCGGGGGUCGCGGGCGCGGUGGCGGCCCGGACGACAGCAACAACAGCGACCUACCCGACGAGUUCUGGCGCACGCUGGUCGCGGACCGGGGGCCCGGCGGCGAGAACGCGCCGCGGUACUACCCGCGUCUAGUACGGCACGCGCUGAACCAGGGCGUGCGCGGCGACUCGCUGAACACGACGGACAUCGUGAACUGGGGCAACUGCAGCAUCGUCGGCGAGGUUCUGCGGCGCGUGCAGUCCGCCAUCUGGAACCGGCGCGUGAUGCGCACGGAGCGGGACCGGAGCCUGGGUCUCGCCCCCGAGGACACGCGGCCCGGGGACCUCGUCUGCGUGCUGUACGGCUGCAGCGUGCCCGUGCUACUGCGGCCCUUCGCCAAGACGGAGCGCGAGGUCGCCGAGGAAGAAAGGCAGCGCGAGGACAGGCAGCGCCGCCGGGAGCGCGAGGCCGCUGCCAAGAUCAGCCAGGUGUGGCGCGACCUCGUGAAGAUCCGCCGGGCGGCGGCGGAGCGCAGACGCGCCGGAAAGCCUGGCUCGGAGGCCUGGGAUAUUAAGUUAGAAUCUGGCACGGUCACGCCCGAGAAAGAGAGCCCGCGAGAGCGGCGCGAGCCGGGGAGCCAGGCCCCGGUCCCGAAGGCGGAGAAGGUGCCGCUGCGGAGCGACCCGUAUACUUAUUACCAGUUGAUUGGCGAGUGUUACGUCGACGGCAUGAUGAACGGCGAGGCGUUGUUGCAGUUUGAACCGUCGAGGCUGUUUGAGAUACGGUGAUAUAUGAACGCGUUACUCGCUAAAAUACGAUAUUCUCGAAUAUCCAAGGGGGCGGCAUGCUUUGAUAAUGUUAAGGCUAUAACAGUUAUAGCUGCCAUCUCGAGCACAUAUACUACAAGGUCAAACAUAACUAGUAACAUCUGCUUGUAAGAAGCAAGUCAUAGUACCCGAGAGUUACAUGCAUUCUAUAAUACUACGGAUAUCUUUAAUUAUCGCAAUUUUAUCAUCAAUAGCACUAUCAUGAU